UUCUAACCCCAUAUCUGUUCUUAUUCCCACAGGAGAGAUCUCAAACCCAGGUUCAGAUAGUGAGCCCAGUUCCACAGCAUCAGGAAACCAUAAACAACACAGACGGAGGAACUCAAGACAGAAACAUCACCACUGCAUGGACUGCUUCACUAGUUUCUAUGAGCCAGAGGAGUUGAGAAGACACACGUGUAGGCCCCACCCCUGCUCAGAUUGCAGAGGGAGUUUUAUUUGUCCAAAUCACCUCAAAUCAAAACAGACUCAAAAAAGGAUUAUGACAUACCCGUGUGGUCAAUGUGAGAAGAUAUGUGAAACACCAAGCAAACUAAAGACGCACCAGAUAACUCACACAGGAGAGAAGCCAUACCACUGCUCUGUUUGUGGAAAGGGUUGCAGCCAUUCGGAUCAACUAAAGACACACCAGAGAACUCACACAGGAGAGAAGCCUUACCACUGCUCCCAAUGUGGAAAGAGUUUCAGUCAGCUAUCUACACUGAGAAAACACCACCUAACUCACACAGGAGAGAAGCCUUACCUCUGCUCUCAUUGUGGGAAGAGUUUCCGUCAGUUAGCCAACCUAAAUGCACACCAGUUAAUUCACACAGGAGAGAAGCCAUACCACUGCUCUCAGUGUGGGAAGGAUUUCAGACAUCCAAGAGACUUAAAGUCACACCAGAGAACUCACACAGGAGAGAAGCCUUACCACUGCUCCCAAUGUGGAAAGAGUUUCAGUCAGUUAUCAACUCUGAAAAAACACCAACUAACUCACACAGGAGAGAAGCCUUACCCCUGCUGUCAAUGUGGGAAGAGUUUCAGCAGGUUAUGUGAAAUGAAGGCACACCAGAUAACUCACACAGGAGAGAAGCCUUACCACUGCUCUCAAUGUGGGGAUAGUUUCACCAGUUUAUAUUUCCAAAAGAAACACCAGCUGAUUCACACAGGAAAAAAGUCAUUCCACUGCUCCCAGUGUGGGAACAGUUUCAGUCAGUCGUCAACUCUGAAGACGCACCAGAGAACUCACACAGGAGAGAAGCCGUUCCACUGCCGUCAGUGUGGUAAGAGUUUCAGUCAUUUAUCAACUCUGAAGACUCAUCAGAUAACUCACACGGGAGAUAAGCCUCACGUCUGCUCUCAGUAUGGGAAGAGUUUCAGUCUGGUAGGAAACCUUAAGCGACACCAGCUAUCCCACACAGUAGAGAAGCCUAACCAUUGCUCUCAUUGUGGGAAGAGUUUCAGUCAAUCAUCAGCUUUAAAGAAACACCAGAGAACUCACACAGGAUAAAAGCUGGGUCAUCAAAUCUGAAGACACCAGUUUGCUCACAAAGGGGAUAAGCCUUAACUCUACUAUCAAUGUGGGGGUAGUUUCACCAGUUUAUAUUUCCCCCCAAAAACACCAGCUGUGGAAAGGUUCUGUACUGAAUGAAAUGUUCUGUGUGCAUCUUAUCUUUGGUGUCAUAAACAGGUACUUGUGCAUCUAAGUUUGACUGUGACCUCACCAGCUUGCUGACAAUAAAGGGUGAUUCAUUUAAUAUUGACUUUGAGUGUCCCCGUGUAAGAAUUUCCACAACACUUCAGUCAGUCAUCAAAUUUGAAGACCUACCUUUUCACUUGGCACAGUAGAGAAGCCGUACCUUUGCUCUGUGUGAGGAAAAGGUUCAGUUGCCUAGGAGACCUAAAGAAUCACCAGCUAACUCGCACUGGAGAGAAUCCUUACCAUGUUCUGGAGUUUAAAUAUUGUUUAUUUUAUUGCUUUUUUCCGGAUGCCCCAAACAAUCGGAAAGGGGAUUCAUCAGAGAAAAUGACUUCACCCCAGUCCACAGCAGUCCAAUCCCUGUACCUUUUGCAGAAGGGUACCACAUGAGGAUGUCGUCCCUGUAACGCACAGCGUUGAGAUUGCCUGCAAUGACAACAAGCUUAGUCCAAUGAUGCUGUGACACACCGCCCCAGACCAUGACGGACCCUCCACCUCCAAAUCAAUCAUGGGCUUAUUUCUAUUACAGCAUAUUGGAUGACAGUCAUUCAUAUUCCAUUCUCCCAGAUCAAUGUAACAUUGAUAGCUUUAGGCUACUACAUGAUACUCAAAUUUUCCCUCUACCCAUCAUGAGGUUGCUACAACCUGGCCAAUGAAUGAAAGUUUAAAACAUCGGUGCACAGGUCGAAGUGAAAGUUU